AUGAGUCGGGGUGGUCUGUUGAAAAGUGAAGGGAAGCGGAAUAUUGGCUCGAGUGCUAGACCGUUUACCCCCGAUGAGGACGCAAAAGAAAACUACACGUUAAUUAACGUUAGAGAGUUUGCUAGCGAGGACUUCAAACCUGAAACUUAUAUUCAAAAGGAGUUAGGAAAUUCCUCGGAGGAUGAAGUUAGAGCUUUUCUAGAUGCAUUAAAAGAAUCUAGAGAGUUAGCAGCUGGGAAUCUUCAAAGAAAUGUGUAUAAAAAUUAUAACGAGUUUGUGACCAUAUCUAAGGAGAUAUCAAAUAUCCUUCAUUUAGAAAGUGAUAUGCUCGUCUUGCGAGGAUUGCUGAAUGAAUUGAGGAACGUCAGUGAAAAUUUAUGGGAUGAUAGCACAGAAUCUACUAAUAUGGGACCUGUUCCAUCAGUGACAUCUGAGCCAAUUGUUCAUAGGGGACGUAAGCCAACCACCAACAAUGUUACUGAUAUGCAAUCGAUCUGGAAGGCACAAAUUCAAGCGCUCUGGGAUGGUGUAGAAGGCGCACAGAAUUUCGUCUCGUUGGAACCCGGCCGUCAUAUAAUUCGCGAAUAUUCAAAUAUUGUUGAAAUUAGUUUUAGCACGAAUAAGCCUAAACAUGCUGUUCACCUAUUCUUACUGAAUGAUUGCUUAUUGAUUGCCGUUAAAAAGAAGAGACAAAGUAAAGAUACAUCAAAGGCUAAACUAGUAGCGGAUCGUUGUUGGAGAUUAGAUGACAUUAGUUUAAUUGAGAUGAAGGAUACUAAUGAGCAUACAAAUCUUAUCAAAGUUUUGAAGCAUCCGACGGAUCAAUUUAUUUUUCAAGCUAGUGGGGCUGAGGAAAAAAAAAAUUUAUUUAGUUUGACUAAACGUGCCACCGAAGAGAUGAUGGCUGCUAAAGCCGUGAAAUAUGCUGUGGCUAUUAAACAACAACUCACACCGCUCAUAAGAACACUCUCACAAAAAAGUCGUGGUACGAUGUCGGCAUCACGAUCGCAAAAGGACUCAAAAAGCUUACGAGAACUUACAACAAAUGAUAUUCGUGAAAUUGAAGAAUUGGCUGACCAGUUAGAUGUUCAUAUUGCAACAAGAGAGUUUGAAGAAGCUGUCGGGGAUAUCGAGAAAGCAAAAGCCACGUUAACCAAUGUGUCGGCGGAUGCGGGAAAAUUAGAUUCGAUUCGUUCCAAGAUGGAGGACCGUGUAGUUAGAUUAUCAUUGGCCAUCAGCAGAGAUUUGAGUAAUCCCGAUAUUAAAAAGACACAAGUUCAAAAAUGCGUACGAUGGUUAUCCCGCUUGGGAUAUGGAGAACACGCACGCGAUCUGUUUCUUGUCGCCAGAAGCGAAAAUAUCCGGAUAAGGACAAAACAAUUGAAAUUCGAAGGGGAUAUUCCUCAGUACAUCAACGAAUUGUCGAUUGUAUAUUUUACUCUCAUAAAGAAUACAUGUGAUUGGUAUAGUGCAGCGUUCAGAGACAUAAGAAUGACAUCAGGUUUGAUAAGAUGGGCGCAAGAAGAGUUGGAACACUAUGUAAAUGUGUUUCGGCGUCAGGUGUAUAGCUAUCACGUGAGAGAUGAAAAAACUGUACAAGAGUGUUUGCGAUGUUCCAGGGAACAUUGUUUAAUGUUAAGGGAAGUGGGUCUAGAUCUAAAGUUUCUUUUAGAUAAUCUCUUAAAAAUCGAAAAAGAAAUUCCUACGGACGAUAAAAUUCCGGAAUAA